UCCCCACUCGAUCGCUUCUCCCCCUCACUCCCCUCUCUCUCCCGAACGCAGUUGCCACCAUGCGCCGCUCGAUCCCGCGGCCACCGGCAACCCCGUGCCCAGGAGACUUGUCUGGGAGGUGUGCCGACCACCGCUUCUUCUUCCUCGACCAUUGGUUGAAGCCGGGGCGAUCUACAUCGAAGGAAUCGGGCCCUUCUUCGUCCUCGGUCGCGGCUUCUUCUCCGGCAAACUCUGGCGCCGCCGAUCCUCCCCGAGCCUGCUGCCCUCCCCUACCGCACCAAAGUGUUGGGUUUCUUGGCGGAUUAUACCCUGAAGCCGCCGCACCAGCUUAAGGUGCACUUACACUGGUGGUGUAAAGGAUUCACUGCAUCACAGCUCCGCACCAUUAACUGAUGAAGCAGUAAAUGAAAUGGUUAAGACUCUUCUGAAUGAAGAUCCGGAAGAUUGUGUUAAAGUGGGUCUGGCCCAUUUCUGCAAGCUUAACCCGUCACCAGAUGUGAGUCUCUGAACUUACUUAUCUUUACCUCAUCAUUCAAAUACCUUAUUAACUCAACCUUUAAUAACCUUCGCAGGCUAAGUCUGACUUUUGGAAAACGAAGUAUGAUCAUGAGGCUGCUAAGAAGGCUAGGGCCGCCAAAAAAGCUGCCAAGAAAACCACCAAGAAGACCACCAAGAAGAAAGAAACCAAGUGCUUCUGAACUGCUCAAACUAGAUGAUACCUCUGAGUCGGAGGUAGCCCUUGACUCUCUUGGCUCUUUUUUCAAUUAUCUUAUUGACACUGACUAUUAUCAAGCUGACACGGGAGCCAGCCAAGCAGAAGAAGAAGAGCAAUAGCAACAUGAGAGCCGACGUCAGACCCGGACCAGUGGAGGUGACGAAUUGUCUUCCGGCUUACCAAACACCCCCGCUCCUCGAAAACGUUGAAACGAGGAACUUGCCCGUUCUUCCUCUGACGGCUCAUCGCAAACUAAGUUGCCGGCUUUUAAGACUGCCCCUGGUGGUCAAGCAAAACCUAACAAGAAGGCGAAGGUGACCAAGCCAACUGCGGCACCUGAAGCUGCUAAGCCGGAACAGCAAAUCUCUGCACCUGAAGCUUCUGACAAACAGGCAGAGGAAACUGUCACUGACGCUCCACCUGAGAUUCCGGAUCUCUGUGUUGAUGACACUACUGUUAAUCCUUCAAAUCAUGCGCCAUCAAGCUCACUUAAACCAUCGGAGACUCAUAAUGAUUUUGUGUUGAUUACUGGCACCGGCUUUGUAGAGCCAGGAAAUCCAAUAGCCUUAGCUAAACAUAUUGCCAAGCAAGAGGUUAUUGAAAGGCGAAAGAUGAAGUUUGACAUCUCCCAUUAUGCGCAACUAAGCAGCAGUGAGAUCCUCCCUGGUUACCUCAGCCAAGUACACUCCAGCCAUGAUCUUGAAGUUGAUAUGGUGAAACAAAUGCACCAAAAGUAUGAGGCUGGUACUGCUGAACUAGAAUCUCAAUUGAACGACGCAAAGACGCGGCUGGCGACUCAGGAAACUGAGACCCGGAAAGCUGAUUCAAAGUUCCAGUUUAGCUUGGCUGAGUCGGAAAAGCUGAAGACCAGUUUUGAGGCAGAGAAAAAGACUUGGGUUGAAGAAAAGACUGCUUUAACUCAGCGGGCUGAGAAGGCAGAGGCAGCUCUUGAAGAGGUGACCACUGAGCUCACUGGCUUAGAACGCCAUGUAUCUCAGAUGGUUUCUGCUAUCUUUGGUCCCAGAAGCAGAAACCUCAAUCAAGACAUGCUUGUAAAGCUGAAAGCUGUCUAUACACUUGUUGAACAGCUGUACACUGGGACUCAGCGUGCCCUGGCCACAAUUUCUCCAACUAAUCAAGCUCCUAGGCUUUUGAUAGAUGUCUUAAAAAAGCUCUCUGUGCUACCUGCCAGGAUCGAUGAGAUGAAGCGAUCAUCUGCAAGAGCCGGCGCUGUGACAGCCUUGAGCCGGGCUAAAGCAUGGGUACCGGAAUUAGAGCCGACUGAUGUAGCCACAGGAUAUACAAGCUUAAAAGAGGAUGGUACUCCUUUUGACAAAAAUGACUUUGCAGCCUGUGUGAAGGAAAUUCGUCCAAUGGCCACCCAGAUUGCAAAUGAUUCAGACAUUUCAAAGUACCAUGCGGCUUAUGACAAGCAAAAUCAGAAGAUGCCUACACCAGCUUACAGAGUGAUGGAUCUGAUCCCUCCAAUCUGUAAUCAUACUUUUGCCUCUGAAGUUGAACCGUCCAAUCUUAUAGAUGACGAAGCUGAAUUUCAAGCCUUAUCUGGCAUCGAUUAGUCAUCACGUGAUUUUCAGACGGCGGAGGAGGACGAAGAACCGGAGAAGUAUGAUCCGGAAGCCUCCAAUCAGUGAAACCAAGAAGAAUAAACCGUCAGGUGGUUUAUAUAUUAACCCUUCAAAACACUUGAUCUUAUUUGACUCGUGGAGUCAUGUAAUAGGUUAGUAAAAAACUUGGGCAUGCCGCGCCAUCGUGCACGCUUCUGUUUUUGC